AUGACUGUGGUGAGUUUAGCAUCUGUUGCCAGAACUGUUGGUCCAAAAAGCCAACAAAGAACCAUUGGCGGGCUUCGGGAAUCAGUGCACGACGGAGUCUACGAAGCGGAGGCACACAGCGCGGCUUCCGCUGAUUAUCCAGUUGGUUGUCCUGCUUCUUCGCUUGCCUGCUCGCUAGCUGUGUCUUUCGCUAUCGUUUUCUUUAACUUUUUUUUGCCCGUGUUGACGCGAGUGCAAGUGCAAUUUCCCAGAGACAGCCUCACGAUUGGAGCCAUCUUCAACUAUCGUCGGCUGCUGUCUGCGCUCGCGCCGCUGACAACCAAUGCAGCAUUGCAGCUCAAUGCUAGCUUUGCUGCUGUGGAGCUCUACGGCGGCGCCAGCGACAGCAUCAGCGAUGGCAUCAACGGCAGUGAUCUCUACAUUUACGGCAACGAACUUCAUCUCGAGGAAAUCUCAUCGUCCGCGUCGCUGGCCACAUCGUCCCCGCUGAAUGCGAUAACCGUUGCAUCUGCAGUUGGUUCGGGAACGAUUGUUCCCAUGCCAAUGGCACCGACUAAUCGGAGCAUGUCGCGUGUUAUAGCCGAUGUGCCCAUUUGGGUGAUACCCUGCUACAGCAUUAUACUCCUAUGCGCUGUGGUGGGCAACCUGCUAGUGGUGCUUACCCUGGUGCAGAAUCGUCGCAUGCGCACCAUUACCAACGUCUUUCUGCUUAAUUUGGCCAUAUCCGAUAUACUGCUGGGCGUGCUUUGCAUGCCGGUGACCCUGGUCGGCACACUGCUGCGACACUUCAUCUUUGGCGAGUUUCUAUGCAAGCUUCUCCAGUUCGCUCAAGCCGCUUCGGUGGCCGUCUCCUCUUGGACACUGGUCGCCAUAUCCUGUGAACGUUACUAUGCCAUUUGUCACCCGCUGAGAUCUCGCACCUGGCAGACGAUCAACCAUGCCAAUAAGAUCAUCGCUUUCAUCUGGCUAGGCAGUCUGGUCUGCAUGACGCCAAUUGCGUAUUUUAGUCAGCUAAUGCCGACCAGUCGUCAAGGGCUGCGCAAGUGCCGGGAACAGUGGCCAGCCGGCUCACUGGCUUAUGAGCGUGCGUAUAACAUAUUUUUGGACCUGGCGCUUCUGGUGCUGCCGCUGCUGGCGCUCAGCUUUGCCUAUAUGUUUAUUACUCGCACUCUCUAUGUGAGCAUGCGGAAUGAGCGCGCCAUGAAUUUUGGCAGCAGUGGUCCGGAUGACGUCUUGCCUGCCGCAAACAGCAGCAGCAGCACCAGCAACAACAUCGGAUGCAGUGGAUUCCGUCGCCCGAAUCAGUCAAAGCGCCUAAAGAUGCGCCAGGAGGCAUCGAGUAUCGAUGCUGCCACUCAGCUAGAUAUGCAGCAACAAUUUGGGGCACCGCAAUACUAUUACGCAGAUGGAUACAGUCAUGGCGGCAGCAAGCGUCGCUUGUUUGGCUCAAACAAUGGGCGACAGCAUCUUUACUGCAUGCGCAGUGCUUCGGUUAAGUCGGUGCGACAUCAACAAAAACAACAAUAUCAAAAUCAGCAGCAACUCAACGGAUCCGACGACUGUUGUGUCCGCUUGCAGCGUUUGCGGCACCAACACCAGCAGCAGCAUCUGUGCAUGAGCAUGACCAAUGGGCAGGGGGAGCGACGCAAAUCGCUAUCCACGCCCAGUUUGCGUAUCACAGAGGCGACACUGCGCAGAUCCAACGAUACUAAGAGCUUGGAGAGCAAGAAGCGGGUGGUAAAGAUGCUGUUUGUGCUGGUGCUGGAGUUCUUCAUUUGCUGGACACCGCUGUAUGUCAUCAAUACGCUGACUAUGCUGAUUGGACCAGCGGUGUACGAGUAUGUGGAUUAUACGGCCAUCAGUUUCUUGCAGCUGCUCGCCUACUCCUCGAGCUGCUGCAAUCCCAUAACCUAUUGCUUCAUGAACGCGAACUUCCGACGGGCCUUCGUGGACACCUUUAAGGGCAUGCGAUUGUGGGAUGGUGGACGUUUGCGGUUUUGUCGACGUCGCUCCCAGAAUGAGACGAAUCUAUCUGUGGCUGGCAAUUCGAUUGCUUUGGCCAAUUCGGCCAUGUCCAGCCAUACCAUAUUGGAGAGUCCGCGCCUCUGAGCCAGCCGGCAUCAGCAACAAAAGUCGCGGUCAUUGCAGCGGAGGGACAAGG